AUGUCUAGAAGGCCCAAUUCCACUCGUCGCCUUGCAGACAGUGGGAGCAUUCCAUUUGUGGGUUCAUUGCACCCCAAAUCACGUCCAUCUCCACUAUUAUCUGUAGGGCUUCUUGUUGUGGAUGGAAUAUCUUUGUUUGAGAAAUUUAACCAUGCAUGUGCAGGUGGUGUUUCAUGCACUCUAGAACUUCAGAAAUUAAUUCCUAUUCUUAAGAAAACAUAUGGUGACAGCAUGAGGAAAGUGUUGCACGUAGGCCCUGAUACCUGUUCAGUAAUCUCUCAACUAUUAAAAGAAGAAGAUAUUGAAGCUUGGGGUGUAGAGCCAUAUGAGUUAGAUGAUGCUGAUGCUACCUGCAAAAAUCUUGUACGGAAGAGCAUUGUGCGUGUAGCUGAUAUCAAGUUUCCUCUUCCCUACAGGGCAAAGUCAUUUUCUCUUGUCAUAGUGUCUGAUGCAUUGGAUUACUUGUCGCUUGUCAUUUAG